CAGCAAGCGCGCCCGCUCCGGUGGCCUCGCCUCGUCCGCCCGGCCUGCCCACCUCCGGAGCCGCCUCUGCCCACGGAUGAGCUGGGGAAGUUGGGAGGAGCGAGCCGGAGCCCGCGCCGGGCGCGCCCCGCCGCUGCCUGACUCGGCGCCCGCAGUCCGGGCGCAGCGCGCCGGCCGCCGGAGCGCGAAUGCCCCCCGGAGCCGCGGGCUGGCAGGUCUUGGGUCCUGAGGCUGCUGGCGGACUAUGGGUACAACAGCUAGCACAGCCCAGCAGACGGUCUCGGCGGGCGGCUCCUUCGAGGGCCUCCAGGGCAGCGGCACGAUGGACAGCCGGAACUCACUCAGCGUCCACUCCUUCCAGACCACAAGCUUGCACAACAGCAAGGCCAAGUCCAUCAUCCCCAACAAGGUGGCCCCUGUGGUGAUCACGUACAACUGCAAGGAGGAGUUCCAGAUCCAUGACGAGCUGCUCAAGGCCCAUUACACACUGGGUCGGCUCUCGGAUGUCACCCCUGAGCACUACCUGGUGCAGGGCCGCUACUUCCUGGUGCGGGAUGUUACUGAGAAGACAGACGUGCUGGGCACCACGGGGAGCUGUGGGGCCCCCAACUUCCGGCAGGCACGGGGCGGGCUUGCCGUGUUUGGCAUGGGACAACCCAGCCUCCUGGGGUUCAGGCGGGUCCUCCAGAAACUCCAGAAGGAUGGAUAUAAGGAGUGCGUCGUCUUCUGCGUGCGGGAGGAGCCCGUGCUGUUCCUGCAUGCCGAUGAGGACUUUGUGUCCUACACACCCCGAGACAAGCAGAACCUUCACGAGAACCUCCGGGGCCUCGGACCUGGGGUGCGGGCAGAGAGUUUGGAGCUGGCCAUCCGGAAAGAGAUCCACGACUUUGCCCGGCUGAGUGAGAACACCUACCACGUGUACCACAACACCGAGGGCCUGCGCGGGGAGCCCCAUGCCAUGGCCAUCCGGGGCGAGGACGACGUGCACGUGACUGGGGAGGUGUUCAAGCGGCCCCUCUUCCUGCAGCCCACCUACAGGUACCAGCGCCUGCCCCUGCCAGAGCAGGGGGCUCCCCUGGAAGCCCAGUUUGAUGCCUUUAUCAGUGUCCUCCGGGAGACCCCCAGCCUGCUGCCGCUCCGCGAUGCCCACGGGCCUCCCCCUGCCCUCCUCUUCAGCGGCCAGGCGGGCACGUGCAGGACCAACCUGGGCAUGGUCCUGGCCACCCUCGUCCUGCUUCACCGCAGCGAGACCACCUCCCAGCCAGAGGCUGCCCCCCCACAGACCAGGCCGCUGCCCAUGCAGCAGUUCCAGGUGAUCGAGAGCUUUCUCCGCACGGUGCCCCAGGGAAGGAAGAUGGUGGAGGAGGUGGACAGAGCCGUCACCGCCUGUGCAGAGCUACAUGACCUGAAAGAAGUGGUCUUGGAAAACCAGAGGAAGCUAGAAGGCACCCGGCCGGGGAGCCCAGCCCAGGGAAGUGGCAGCCAGCACAGUGUCCGGCAGAGGGCGCUGCUGAGCCUGGAGCGAUACUUCUACCUGAUCCUGUUUAACUACUAUCUCCAUGAGCAGUACCCGCUGGCCUUUGCCCUCAGUUUCAGCCGCUGGCUGUGUGUCCACCCCGAGCUGUACCGCCUGCCUGUGACGCUCAGCUCAGCGGGCCCCGUGGCCCCCGGGGACCUCAUCGCCAAGGGCUCCCUGGGGGCGGACGAUCUUACCUCCCCGGACGCGCUCAGCACUGUCAGAGAGAUGGACGUGGCCAACUUCCGGCGGGUGCCCCGCAUGCCCAUCUACGGCAUGGCCCAGCCCAGCGCCAAGGCCCUGGGGAGCAUCCUGGCCUACCUGACCGACGCCAAGAGGAAGCUGCGGCAGGUCGUCUGGGUCAACCUGAGGGAGGAGGCUGUGUUGGAGUGUGAUGGGCGCACCCACAGCCUGCGGAGGCCUGGGCCCCCCGUGGCCCCCGACCAGCUGGAGGCCCUGGAGACCCAGCUGAAGGCCCACCUGAGUGAGCCUCCCCCGUGCACGGAGGGCCCGCCGACCCACAGGUUCCAGACGUGCCUCACCACGCAGGAGGUCUUCAGCCGGCACCACGGGGCCUGCCCCGGCCUCACCUACCACCGCAUCCCCGUGCCAGACUUCUGCGCCCCCCGCGAGCAGGACUUUGACCGGCUGCUGGAGGCCCUGCGGGCGGCCCUCGCCAAGGACCCGGGCACCGGCUUCGUGUUCAGCUGCCUCAGCGGCCAGGGCCGGACCACGACCGCCAUGGUGGUGGCUGUGCUGGCCUUCUGGCACAUGCAAGGCUUCCCUGAGGUGGGCGAGGAGGAGCUCGUGAGCGUGCCUGACGCCAAGUUCACUAAAGGCGAGUUUCAGGUAGUCAUGACGGUGGUGCAGUUGCUGCCCGACGGGCACCGUGUGAAGAAGGAGGUGGACGCAGCGCUGGACACGGUCAGCGAGACCAUGACGCCCAUGCACUACCACCUGCGGGAAAUCAUCAUCUGCACCUACCGCCAGGCGAAGGCAGCCAAAGAGGAGCAGGAGAUGCGGAGGCUGCAGCUGCGGAGCCUGCAGUACCUGGAGCGCUACGUCUACCUGAUUCUCUUCAACGCUUACCUCCACCUGGAGAAGGCCGACUCCUGGCAGAGGCCCUUCAGCACCUGGAUGCGGGAGGUGGCGUCGAAGGCCGGUGUCUAUGAGCUCCUCAACCAGCUGGGCUUCCCCGAGCUGGAAAGCGUGGAAGACCAGCCCUUCUCGAGACUGCGCUGCAGGUGGCAAGAGCAGAGCCGCAACCCGGAGCCCUCCACCCCCGGGGACUUGCUGUAAGGGGUUCCUGCCUGCCCCCUUCUGCAGGGCCCUGCGCAGGCUGGGGGUGUCUGAGGUGCUCUUCACUGGGAGGCGCCCCGGGGCGUGCUGGCCUUGAGGAAACAGUUCCCCCACUUCCUGGAGAGACUGGGGUGGGGUUGGGAGCCUUUUUGGAAAGAGCUUUUUAUAGGACAUUGAGACAGCACAGUCACGCCUUGCAAACCACAGAGGCGUGUGGACGGCCUCCAGGGAGGCCCGUGUGUGCACCUUGCAGACAGGCGUCAUUCGGCCUCCAAGGAGCCUCCAGUUGCCAAACAGAGCUCGUCCCCUCUUCUGUCCUCUUCUCCCCCUCCCAGAUUGGCCGGGCAGCCCCUGGCAUGGAGCCGGCCCCCUGCCUUCCUUUCGCGGUUCCCCAUGGCCUCUCCCCUCCUGCUGCUGGAGCACUGCCUUCGCGCCCUGCCUGCCUGGAGUGGGGGGCGGGGCGGCGCUCUGGGUGGCUCUAUUACUUUAAAAGACAAACCUGCAUGGCCCGGUGUCAUCUGGCCGAGGCCUUUGCCUCGUCUUCCUUCCCUGUGUCCCCUUGUCCUGGGGCUGGCAGGAUGGUGGCACUUUCCCAAGGAGCUGGAACAUCAGGGAGUCCCUCUCAGCAGGAGGAGAGUUUCUAGAAGGCAGAUGCAGCACAGUGGAAGAGGGCUGCUCUCUUGGCCUGGGGGGGAGGUACUGCGGGGACCCAAGCCUGGGGCUGCAGGUCCCUCUGCCCACACCCCCAGCCCCAGCAGCCCCGGAUGGCCCAGUGCCCCCAACCCUGCUGCGGCAGGAGCCCCAAGGAGUGUUGGAUCAAGGGCAGUUGCUGGGUGGCCUUGUGGAUAGCAGAGUGUGCAAGAGUGGGCCAAGGAUGACGUGAGAGGGUCACUUGGAUUCACGCUAUCCUCAGUGAGGCUCUUUGAGCUGCAUCUCAGUGGGAGCAAAAGGGGCCAUACCCUGCUGGGCUAGAGGCCGUCAGCAUCCACUCUGUCCACACAGCGGGCAGCUGCUUGGAAGAGGCGGCAGAGAAGUGCCGCGUUUGAGCUGAGCCUUGUAGCUCUUCCGGUUGGGGACUGGUGUUUGCUGAAACCCAGGGGCUGAACAGUGAGGAGGCUGCCCCCUCGCCUGGCUCACUGGGGCCGGGGAAGCCUCUCCUUGGUUGGACUCAUGCACUACUGCAGAAAAACGAUGGAUGUGUCACUGGUCACGAUAUACGAAAAGGGGAGAAGAGGCUGAAGUUAUUUGCAUCUACUCAGUAUUGGCUGAAUCCUUUUGCAGAACUACUGUAUGUCUGUUCACUACCUUUUCAGGUUUGUUGUGGUUUUUACUUUUAUUUUUGCAUGUAUUAAAAGUUUUAAUUUCUUUGCAGACAAGGUCUAGAUGAGGAGUCAGAGGUCAGGGCUGAACUGGGAGGGACGCUCUGUGUUCUCAUGGUUAGCCCUGACUUUCAGCUGUGCUGGGACCACUGGCCGAUCACCUCACCUCGCUGCCUCAGUUUCCCCAUCUGUAAAAUGGGAGAAUAAUAAUUGCCUACCUACCUCACAGGGGUGUUGUGAGGAUUCAUUCGUGAUUUUUUUUUUGUACAGAGCUAUUAUGCAUUAAAACAGCUAAAUGUGAA